AUUUCCUGUAAAUUCAACAUGAACUGUCCAUAUCGCAGUGCCGAUAUACGGCGCUUGUCCAGAUAUUUACCACGAGAGCGUUUGGCGGGAACUGGUCUCCCCAAGAAACUAGCAUCAGUCGCUUAGCCCUAACCCGCUGUUACACUGUUAGUCCGUAUAAAUCUGGUCUGGAUUUCAUAAAAAAAAAUCUGUUUCUAAUUAUCUCCUUUCAGAGGAGACCUACGAACAUCCCCAGAUCUCAAGGUUUAAACACCUCUCCGCCGUGAUGAAGAAAACAUCAUUGAUAUUAAAAUCUUUCUGUUGGUUUCAACUAAUUUUUCUUCAAAUUUCUUCUUCAGUCGUAGCUAUCAGGAAGGAUGUGAGCAUGCAAAACAAUCAUAUUUGUAGAACAACGGUACAAGGAAGAUACUUGAUAGCUGAUGAUAGAGGUCAAGUAUGUGAUGCCAUGUCAGUUGAUCCACAGUCUCGCUGCUGUAAUGGCAAAGGAGAUCAAUUCUCUUGCCAUGGUUGCAAACUUCUCUCACAGUGCUGCAACACGUAUGAAUAUUGUGUUGCAUGCUGCCUGAAUCCGUCUAGGACACCAGAGGAGCUAGCACUAAAGGUGAAGACUGCUAAGCCUGUAACAGCUGCUAAAUAUUCAAGUGUUUUUGAGUUCUGUGCGGGCAGAUGUCGUCAUAAUUCAGAGAGUGUGGUCCAUGAAAAUGCAUACCUUGGUGAAUUUCAUCAUUGCUUCUCCAUACCAUCAAAUUCCUCAGGAUUUUCUGAUCAGCAAUUCAAAUUACAAUUGACCGGGAUCAACAUUGUCAUUGGAAGGCGAGGGGAAUCAUGCGAUUCGGCAUGCAACUCAAGUGGUGAAUCUUGUGUACCCAACAAACUACCGGUGCUUAAUCACUGUGAAAUGAUGCAGAAACACUUGAGCUGUAAAGGUGGGUGCUUGGCAAGUAUUGGAGCUGACCAACCUGCGGAAGUAGUUGAUGAUUCCCCUAGAGAUCUGAAUCCAGGGGCAUGUUUGUACACAACAUCAGAGUCUCUGCUAUCCUGCAGCGGUUCUCAUAAACAUACAAGGAGGAUUUGCCCAUGCUCUUAGUGUUUUGUUCAGUAAAUGUUAAAAAUUAUGUAAUGUCGUUUACCUCACCCAUUACGUUUGCUAGUUUUACUAAAUUUUGACUGUGGCCUGAGUGACCAACCAUAUGAAGAUAUGAAGUAUAGUGAAUGAGAGGGAAUACUCAUCAAUGCUAUCUCCAGGAGUAAAUAUUUAUCCUAAUUGAUUCAUAUACUUCUCGUGCAUAUAUUGAUGCGAGAGGACAAGUAUUGAAUCUCCAAUUCUCCAUAGAAUCACGCUGGAACCUUUCAUUUUUUUUAAAUAA